ACUGUGGAGCAGCGUUAUCUGAUUUGGUGGCGUUACCGCAUCCUGUUCAAGCAGAGUCUGACGGUGUGGGUGAAGAGCACGAGCAACUACGGCGUUCUGCUCCAGAUGCUGGCGAGUCCUUUAGAGCAAGUGGAGGCGGAGAUUCUGCGCAAGGCGACAAAGGGCCUAGGCACUACAGAGGAGUGGAUCUACCCGGUGGUGAUGGCUCGCUCGAACGCUGAGAUCGCGCUAUUGAAGAAGACGUUCCAGGAGAAGUACGGCGAGGACCUGGUGAAGGUGCUAAGCAGCGACCUGAGCGGCGAUCUGAAGAAGGUGAUCCUGGCGGCUAUGCGUGGCGAGGUGGCCGACUUCAACGCGUCGAUCCACACGAGCGCGAAGGCUGCUGCGGAUGCGGAUGCGUUGUACAAGGCCGGUGAAGGCCGCAUGGGCACAGAUGAGACGACGUUCAUCACCAUCCUAGUGCUAAGUCCUGCUGAGCACUUGCGCAACAUUAACACUGCGUACAUUGCGAAAUACAAUACGGGCCUGGUGGGCGCAAUCACCGCGGAGUUUUCUGGCGGCGCGAAGCAUGCGCUGCUGUUCCUGGUGCGGUCG